GACCUCAGCUUCCGCAGGCGGCGUGAGGGCCGGUCCGCCGAGCUGUGCCGGCGCUAUGAGUUCCUUCAUGGGGCAGAUGGCCGAGUACCCAACCAUCUCCAUAGACCGCUUCGACAGGGAGAACCUGAAAGCCCGCGCCUACUUCCUGUCCCACUGCCACAAGGGGCUGAGAAGCGGGCCAGUGUGGAUAGAAAUACCUUCAACCCAGCAGUCAGAGCAGGCUGAGAAGAGAAUGAAACUCUUCUUAUGCUGGCCUAAGCCUGAACGAGUUCCAGUGCCUGGAACUGAAUGGAUUAAAGAUUUCUUGAGCUACAUCUGUCCUGUGAACGUAUAUCCAAAUGUCAUCCCAAUAGGCACAACUAUGGAUAAGGUUGUAGAAAUGAUGGAUGCUGAGACUAGUUUUGGGCCUAAGAACGGGGGCAAGGAUGUAAGUGAGAUGAGCAUGGCUGUAAAUACGAUUCUGAUCGGGAGCCUGACGGCUUUCUUCAAGUGGAUUUGUUGUCCAGUUGUCCAGUAUGGUUAUACAGACAUGACGGUGGAAACACAAAUCGGCUCCCUUUGCAUUCCGUGUUUCCCAUAUAUCUAUCUCCCGUGUUUUCCCACAGAGGAGGAGGAUGAGCUCUUUGAUGAUCCUUUGCCGUUACCGUUAAGGCACAAGGCUCCAUACCAGCUAGCUGUUCACCCUGAGGUAUUUGUAAUGACCGCAACACCACAGAACCAGCCUGAACAACAGAGGCCAAGCACAGGCCACCUCAGGGCAGAGAGUGCGCAAACCUUUCCUUGGGCCAACUUUAUAGAUUGUGAAGAAUCUAACAGCGAAAGUGAGGAAGAAUUACAAACCCCAGCUUCAUCGCAAGAAGACCUGGGUGCUGUCACACACCACCAGCAAAAGGCUGAUGUAGAAGUACCACAGUGGGAAGUAUUCUUUAAAAGAAAUGAUGAAAUCACAGAUGACGGUUUGGAAAACCCCCCUUCUUCCACAGAGGCAGGGGGCUCUCAGUCACCGAAGCUUUUUAGUGACUCUGAUGGGGAAUCAACUCACAUCUCUUCCCAGAAUUCUUCUCAGUCAACACACAUAUCUGAACAAGGGAGUCAAGGCUGGGACAGCCAAUCUGAUACUGUUUUGUUAACAUCCCAAGAGAGAAAGAGUGGGGAUAUUACCUCCUUAAACAAAGGUAGCUACAGACCAAGAAUUAAAGAGAAUAUUCCUGCCACUCAGAUGGAACAAAAUAUACUUUGUCCAAAGGAUACUUACUCUGACUUGAAACAUAGAGAUCAAAAUGUAAAGAUAGUUCCCAGUGUUGGAGAACCAACCGCUCUAAGCAGUUACAAACACGUACCUCAGGAGAAAAGGCUGCUAAAUCUUAGCACCAAUGCAGAUUCCCAGAGCUCAGAUUUUGAAAUUCCCUCAACACCAGAAGCUGAGCUACCUAAAGGAGAGCAUUUACAAUAUUUGUAUGAGAAGCUGGCAACCGGUGAGAAUAUAGUCAUUGAAGAAAGAAAAAGCUCACUCUUAGAUACUUAAAAACCUUAUGUUCUAGAGCAACCACUAAAAACCCUACACAAAAAACCCUACACAAAGAGGUAAGAGUCCAAAUCAUAACAGACACAUCAGAGUGGAGUACUUAAAAAUGGUCCUGUAACCUAAAACAGGGCAGUAAAGGGGAAGCAGAGAACAAAAAAUAGUGAUAAACAGAAAAGAUAUGGUAGAACUAAUUCCAGACAUCAAUAAUUACAAAUUAAGUGAAAAUGGUCAAAAGACACCAAUGAAAACAUAGAGACUGCAUCUAGGAGGGAUGAUUUUUUCACUAAGAAACUCACUGUGAAUGAUGCAGGUAGGUUAAAAGUAAAGGAUGGGAAAAGAUAUCUAAAUACUACUUAAAAGUAAGCUGGAAUGACUAUAUUAAUAUCACACAAAUUUCUAAUGAUAAAAGGUCCAGUUCACUAAGAAGACACAAUGCUAAAUGUGUAUGUACCUAAAAACAUCUUCAAAAUAUACAAAGCAAAAACCAAGGAGAAAGACAAACUAAUGCACAAUUCUGGCUGGAGAGUCUACCAUUCCUCUAUCAGUAAUAGAAUUAGCGUACAGAAAGUGAGCAAGGAUAUAGAAGAACUGAAUAGCACCAUUGACCAACUGGAUCUAAUUGACACAGAACACUCCACCCAACAACAGACGUGCCCAUGGCACAUUGACCACGAUAGACGACCAUAUUCUGUAGGGUCAUAAAAACACUUCAAAAAAUCAGGCACUUAUAGAUCUCAAAAGAUACACCACUUAAGAAUGCUGGUGUGAAUGACAAAUUUAAAAGCAGAAAAAUUAGGACCUAAAAGAAAAUAAUUAAAUGGCAAAAGCAUAAGUGUGUUCUGUGAGUUGUUUGAUUUCCUUCAAGUCUGUCAGUGGGUUAUGUUUUUGCAUAGUUAUGUGUUUAAUAAAGUUCUGUUAACAAAUAUUCUUCAACACUUUGAGGUAUGCUGGCAUUUUACAGAUUAAGGAAGCAAAAGGAGAGAUUUCACUUAAAACGAGUUUAAGUGGGGAAAAAAAAAAAGAGUUUAAGUGGAGUCUAAAACAAUUUGCAGAUCAAUUAAACUAAAUGAUAUACAUUAUCACCAUGCCGCACUGAUUGAUCCCUUUUUUCUAGCUCAGGAGCUACUCCCAGCUUUUGAUGAAAUACAUUCCACAGACUCAGUAUGACUAGGGUAAAAAUACAUUCAUCCCAUUUUACCGCUCUCUCCUAUGAGUACCAUUACCUAAAUGCAAAGUGAAUAUAAAACCACUAAAGAGACCAGAAGGGAUUGCAGAUCAUUGGUUGAAUAUCAAGUCAUAACUACAACAGGCCUAAUACAAGAACCCAGAGACUUCAUUUUUUAUUUAUAGCUCUAAAAAUUAGUUACAUUUCAUUAUUACAAAUCAUAUAAUCAAAUGUAACUAUAUAUUCAAUGACACCAAAGACCUCAUCUUAACAGUCUAGCUUAUAACCCAGAGUGGGGAUUCAAAACGUGCCUGGAAACAUUCUUCUGAAAUUUUUAGCACUUUAUAAUCACACUGUCAAUUUAAUAUUACAUCCUGCCGUAUUCUCAUUGUUUUAUAGGUGAACCUAGCAUAAUAAAUGCCAGCUGAAUGAAUUUAAGCGCUAGGAGCACUAGAACUUAAAAAAACAAAACAGAACACAAAACAACUUGUAGUGAUCACCAAAGAUUUUAAAGUACAGGCUUACAGUACAGAAUAAUUGUAGCAAAUACUUACAUAUGGUGCUUACUCUGUGAUGCUUCAUUCUUUUACACACUGGAUAUCAACUCCUUUAUUCCUCACCACCACCCUUUGAGGUAGAUAAAUUUAUUCUCCCCAUUCACAAAUGAGGAAGCUAAGGCACAGAGAGGUAGUUCACAUAGCUGGGAAGGGAUGAAGCUGGGACUGAAAACGCAGGCAAUUCAAGCUCAGCGUCCAUGGUCUUAGCCACUAUGUAAUAAUGCCUCUGAAAAAGAGCACAGCCCUGGGCAGGGUUAAUUCUAGUGGCUACUUGAUUUUUACUUUAAGAACUGUAAAGUAGAAAAGAAAAAGUGAAAAAAAGUUUCAAAAUGCCAAGAUAAUCAUAGAAACAGCCCCGUGACUAGCCACAUUUGCCUUAGAGAGGAAUCCAAGAGUUACACGUUUAAACUAACAGUACAAAAUUGAGGACAUUAUAGUCAGGUAGUUCACUGGCUCCGAGCUGGUGAUCUUGGGUGUGUUAAUGUUACCUAACCAGUAUAGGAUUGAGAGUGCCAGCCUCAUGGGUUUAUGAGGAGCACACAGAAAGGGCCUAAUAGCUUGCUCAAAGAAUAGGAGCUUUCCAUCUAAAAUUCCCUUACAGUUCCAGGCAGUUUUUAUUUAGCACAAUGUGUUCAAGUAACCUGGUGACUAAUAAUGCUCAAGACGUUUUACAAGUAUCCAUCCAUAUUCACUUUAUGCUAUGUAAAAUUCUACUUUAAUAUUCAAAUGGAUCAACCAUGACAAUGAUAAACUUCUUUGAAGAAAUGGUAUAAAAACCUUCGGUUAAUCGCAGAAGCAAGUAGUCCAGAAUGCAUGGGUGUUUUUUUGACCCUUUUGUAAGCCUUACUGGAAAUGACGUAAAAUAUUCAGAAACAAAGCUAAGCCACGAUAAAUAGAAAAUCAAAUGCCAAACUAAAUUUAUUUUGCUAAAGAAAAAUGAACUGUAAGAAAAAUGCGGUUUAGAUUUUGCACAGAGGGGGAAAAGACCCUGAGAUUACCAACUGUGUAUCACGAUCCUCAUGUAGGUACUGAAAACAAUGAUACUAAUACAACUUGCACAGUGGAUUUACAGUUUAAACUCGAUCUAAAUAUUACCCUUGAAUAUUGGCUAUAUUUAUACUGAGAGAACAAAUUCUGAUAACUUGGGAAACUAAAGAAGCUAAAUGUUGACUUAAAGGCUUUUAACAGCUUCAUGUACGGAGUUCCUAUUUUACUGAUUAAGUCCAGCUUUUUAAUAAAAUAAGGAUAACAAAGGUAAUUAAAAUCUCAAAGACCCAUUAAAUUUCUAGUAAUAAGGACAAAAUUAAACAAGUUUACUGAAAAUAGCCACUUUCCCUUUGCCCUCCUGUUUCACAUUUUUUUUUUAACACAAGAAGUAGACAAGAAUAACUGGACAGUAAAACACUGACUUUUUAAGAAUAUUAAAAUUACAUAUUUAAACCUGUAAAAAUUAUAAUUCAAAGUAAGCUUGGCCAUUGGAGCACCUGUAAAUCUGUGAUGCUUUCUCACCACUGACACCAUGUGACUAUUUUGUCAUAAAGAAAACAUAAGAAAUGGCACCAAAAAAUGUAUUUUUCCUUGACACCUUCUGCAGAUUUUGGUUAAUACACUGAGACUCCAAACAUGUAAAGAAUUUACCCUGUAUUAUGAAAGAGCAAAGUCAUGUGGUAGCAAUAUAAUGCAUAAUAAAGUGUAGCUUCUCCCAAAAAAGAGGUUAAAGAUUAAGAAGAUAUUUGAAGUGCUGCAUUCUUGAAGUCAGUUCAAUUUUACCCAAACUUAUUUUAGGUCAUUAAAGCAAUGGGGCAAUGAACUUAGGUACAAUUUAAUUAGUAAUACUGAAAGCCAGAUUUACUUGCUGCAUUUACCUUCAUGUUGGACACCAUGAUUACAAAUGCCACAAUGACAGAGAUGAAAACACGUUUUUUUCCUGAUUGAGGUUUUACUAUGCAGGAAAACAAAAACCAAGGAAUAUAUUCCAUUUCAGUCUUCAUGGUUUAAGUAAAAAAAGUUCUCAUUAUUCAGGUACACACUUUGGCCAAGCCAAGUUUAGCUUUAUCACAUUUAAAAAAUUCAUGUAUAAAAAAUAAGUAUCAGUUCAAAAUAUAGAGUAUUUUAAGAGCCUGCAGGAAAUAGAAAAAUAAUUAAAUUUGGUGGAAAUGUUAAAACUGCCUGAAAUUCAGAAAUGUAAUAUUAAUGUAUUGUAUGAAACAUUAUUGUUAGGUGCAACUGCACUCAGGGGUAGCUUGUUUUGCUGUUUAUGUUUAGACCAGAGGAACUCAACAUGGAUCUCUUAAUUCAUGUUACUAAGAGGGGCCCUUCAAGUGCUCCCUUCCUUCUGCCCAGCACUCCAAAAACCCUUUUGUGGUCCCACUGCCCCAGCCUUUCGAAGCAGCAUAAUGGCCAGCCAUUCUAGAAUUGUAGAACUUUUUGGAAACUAUUCUUUUAAGGGAAUAAAAGUCUUUAAGAAUUACUGGUUCAGACAUACAUGCCUCAUAACAGUCAAGAUUGCUUCAAAAUAUGAAUUAAGCUGUAAAUUUUUUAUAUUUAAUUUUAAACCUUAAAUUUAUGUAUCAGUAAGACCCAAUAUUUUAAUGAAAGUAGGAAAAUAGUAUAUAGUAUCAUCUGUCUCAAAUACAAGUACAGUGAGUAAUAAUGGGAAUGACAACAUAACAGAAUAGCACUUGUAUAUAUUUGCCCUAACUGAAUUAACUUUCUCUAAAUUCAAGGUGUACGCAGGUUGAAUAUUUGAUCUUAGUGACUGUUACGCUAUCAGUUCAAUGCUUAAACACUGAAGGAGGCAUUUCUUUAUUCACACAGACUUUUUAUGUAUGUAUAUGCUCAUCUGUAAAUAGUUUUCAUGUUUGGUACCUAAUUACUAAAUAUGUAUUUCAAAUUA